AUGAUUGCGCUUUCCCCUCGGAAUGACGAUGCGCGCGGCUCUACAAGCCCCUCAAACCCGGAAACAAAGACUGAACAUGAGCUAUGGGAUGCUGUAGGAUCACAGGAGACUCCGGAUAUUGAUGGCACAACUCCAAGUCAUCUGGUCAGUCCGAGGGACAAGAAGAGAUGGGAUAGAAAUAACCCUCCUCCGCCACCAAGACUUCCUCCGCCGAAUCCACCCAGAUUUCUGCGAACUGAUCCUCCCGAUGACGAUGAUGCCUCCGAAUACACCGACGAUAGCCAUCCAAUUUCCUCCGUGGUAACCGCCAAUAUGGGGCAUGAUCAGCUAAUUGACCUUCUGGAUCUGAAUAAGACCGAUGUGUACAGAAGGGUUGAGCGUGAGCGCGAGGUUCGACGUAUGCAAGCACAGAGAGAUUGGCACGAGGAAGCAGAUCGUAGACGCGAUGUAGACGUCAGGCGGCAGCAGCAGGGGGUACUGGGAUCGCGAGAGCCUGAUCUGGACACUAUCUCACCGGACGACAGCGUCACUGCAGUAAUGCGGCGCCAGCAAAUCGAGAGACGGCAUGAUUUGCAGCGUCCGGCAGCUAUGGACGAAUAUCGCCCUACCAGCUCACCGACACCUUCGCAAUAUCUACCUCGCCAUGGUCCUAUCACAGCUAAAGCUAAGGCCAUAUCCCACCAGCAAAGCGGCCGCAUUCACACGAUUGGCUACCCGUCUGUUGUGCCUGCCCCUGCAACCUUUGAGCCAGCUUCCAUCAAGCGGAAGCACUCUCUACAAACAGUCCUCUCCAAGGCAGGAAAACUCACACGCCUGAUCCUCGCUGCUCCUUCGGAUCCCAAGUACAAGACGUAUUCACAGCGACAGCCUCCGGUAAAGCAGUCAGGAAUGAGUGCCGAUGCCACUGGGUGGCCAAGAAGUGGAAAAGCCUCUUCAGCAAACCAUGGGAUGUUCAUGUCAACUCCGGCACCACAGCAAAGGACUAUAUUCAGCCGCGAUCGGCCGCAGACUAGUGGGGAUGAUGGGAAGAAGUCGGACAGCAGGGGUUGGGAGCAUCCAAGAGGCAGGAGAGCGAAGAAAGUCGAGAAGGUGGAGACUAAGAAAAGGAGAGGGAGGUGGGGAAGAAAAACAGAUGAUGAGACGUCCGCUGGAGAUCCUCAAGUCAUCGACUUUGCGUCCAAAGACACUGCUCGGUCGAAAGGUGCUACAAGGCUUCAACACGCACGUCGCGCACGUUCGCCAUCACCAAAAGCUCUAACGCGAGCCGCUGAGCCUCAUAGUGUUCCUGUCUCCAAAUCUUCCACGUACCAUCACCCAGAACCCGAUUUCACGCCUAGCGACGCAGCAGGUACACCGCAAACAAGAUUUGGCCCACCAGAUCGCGAGGGAAAGUUAUACGUUCGCCGCCGCGAUGGGGAGGUCCUACCAUUCAAUCCCGCACUGGGAUAUCCGUACCACUCACGUCUCAACACCUACUAUGACCACAAGACGGUAGAUGCCACAACGAUGGCCUGGCUACAAGGCAUCCGCGCACAGACCGAUGCGAUUCCUCAUCCCAUGAUCAACAUGCGAGGCGGCGACGGUAGCAUCUCUUCCGAACUUCGUUCUACGCAUGGCGAAGCGAGCAGUCUGGCAUCGCACCACCACCUCCUAGCGUCAGCGGCAAUGAGUCUGGAUAGUGGCGACGAAACAAUCGAUGGUACCGAUAUAGACGCCCUACUGAUGUCGUCCAUGCAUCUCAGUUUGGGUCAGGUUACGCACAAAGCGACUGCUGCCGUCAACGGUACCCAAGGAGAUGGAGGGGACAACAGGCCUAGUUGUGAUGAAGCCCACAUCCGAUCGAGCUUUAGCACUGAUUCGACAGUGGAGCUCAGACGGGAGAAGAAGGUCAAGGAGAGUGCCUGGCGGAACGAAGACCAAGCUAGGGCUAUGGCUAUGGCUAUGCAUGGUUUUGGGUAG